AGCCCGGUACUCAACAGACUGAGCCACCAGCCACCCCUGGUCCAAGCAAUCUUCAGCGGUGAUCCGGAGGAGAUACGGAUGCUCAUCCACAAAACGGAAGAUGUGAAUGCUCUGGACUCCGAGAAGCGAACCCCGCUUCAUGUGGCUGCGUUUCUGGGAGAUGCAGAGAUCAUUGAACUCCUGAUUCUGUCAGGAGCUCGUGUGAAUGCCAAGGACAACAUGUGGCUGACCCCGCUGCACCGGGCUGUUGCCUCCAGAAGCGAAGAAGCAGUGCAAGUACUGAUUAAGCACUCAGCUGAUGUCAAUGCGAGGGACAAGAACUGGCAGACCCCCCUCCACGUGGCAGCUGCCAAUAAGGCUGUCAAGUGUGCAGAAGUGAUCAUUCCCCUACUGAGCAGCGUCAACGUCUCUGACCGAGGAGGGCGCACAGCCUUGCACCAUGCUGCCCUGAAUGGCCAUGUGGAGAUGGUCAACUUACUCUUGGCCAGAGGAGCAAACAUCAACGCAUUUGACAAAAAGGACCGGCGUGCUCUGCACUGGGCAGCAUAUAUGGGCCACCUGGACGUUGUGGCAUUGCUCAUUAACCAUGGCGCAGAAGUGACUUGUAAGGAUAAGAAGGGCUACACCCCCCUGCACGCUGCAGCCUCCAACGGACAGAUCAGUGUGGUCAAACAUCUCCUGAAUCUAGGGGUGGAGAUCGAUGAAAUCAACAUCUAUGGAAACACGGCCCUUCACCUGGCCUGCUACAAUGGGCAGGAUACUGUAGUUAAUGAGCUGACGGACUACGGUGCUAAUGUGAACCAGCCCAACAACAGCGGGUUCACCCCUUUGCAUUUCGCUGCUGCCUCCACACAUGGUGCUUUGUGUCUUGAACUAUUAGUAAACAACGGGGCGGAUGUUAACAUUCAGAGUAAAGAUGGCAAAAGUCCACUGCACAUGACAGCUGUCCAUGGAAGGUUCACACGGUCACAAACCCUCAUUCAGAACGGAGGUGAAAUUGACUGUGUGGAUAAGGAUGGCAACACUCCUCUGCACGUGGCUGCAAGAUACGGUCAUGAGCUUUUGAUUAACACCUUAAUAACCAGUGGAGCUGACACAGCCAAGUGUGGAAUCCAUAGCAUGUUCCCCUUACAUUUAGCUGCCCUAAAUGCUCACUCUGACUGCUGCAGAAAGCUGCUAUCAUCGGGACAAAAGUAUAGCAUAGUAUCCUUGUUUAGUAAUGAGCACGUGCUGUCUGCAGGCUUUGAAAUAGACACCCCAGAUAAAUUUGGAAGAACGUGCCUUCAUGCUGCUGCUGCAGGAGGUAAUGUGGAAUGUAUAAAACUCUUGCAGAGCAGCGGAGCAGAUUUCCAUAAAAAGGACAAGUGUGGGAGGACACCUUUGCACUACGCAGCUGCAAAUUGUCAUUUCCACUGUAUUGAGACAUUAGUGACCACAGGGGCCAAUGUUAAUGAAACAGAUGACUGGGGACGGACAGCUUUGCACUAUGCUGCUGCAUCAGACAUGGAUAGAAAUAAGACUAUCUUAGGAAAUGCCCAUGAAAAUUCAGAAGAACUUGAAAGAGCCAGAGAGCUGAAGGAAAAGGAAGCUGCACUAUGUCUAGAGUUUCUGCUUCAAAAUGAUGCAAAUCCAUCUAUCCGGGACAAGGAAGGUUACAAUAGCAUACAUUAUGCUGCUGCCUAUGGCCACAGACAGUGUCUGGAAUUGCUUUUGGAAAGAACCAACAAUGGUUUUGAAGAAUCAGACUCCGGUGCUACCAAGAGUCCUCUCCACUUAGCUGCCUACAAUGGGCAUCACCAAGCCUUGGAAGUCCUUCUGCAGUCGCUGGUGGACCUGGACAUCAGGGAUGAGAAGGGCCGCACUGCUCUGGACCUGGCUGCCUUUAAGGGACACACAGAAUGUGUGGAAGCACUUAUCAAUCAGGGCGCAUCCAUCUUUGUGAAAGACAAUGUAACCAAACGAACCCCACUUCAUGCCUCAGUAAUUAAUGGUCACACACUGUGUUUGCGGCUAUUACUAGAAAUUGCAGACAACCCAGAAGCAAUUGACGUGAAAGAUGCCAAAGGACAAACCCCGCUGAUGCUCGCAGUAGCGUAUGGACACAUUGAUGCUGUUUCAUUGUUACUUGAAAAGGAAGCAAAUGUGGAUGCUGUUGACAUCAUGGGCUGCACAGCUUUACACAGAGGGAUUAUGACAGGCCACGAGGAAUGUGUGCAAAUGCUGCUGGAACAAGAAGUGUCGAUUCUCUGUAAAGAUUCCAGAGGGAGGACACCCCUGCACUAUGCGGCUGCUCGCGGCCACGCCACGUGGCUGAGCGAGCUGCUCCAGAUGGCACUUUCCGAGGAGGACUGUUCUUUCAAAGAUAACCAAGGCUACACGCCACUGCACUGGGCUUGUUACAAUGGUAAUGAAAACUGUAUAGAGGUACUUCUGGAGCAGAAAUGUUUUCGAAAAUUUAUCGGUAAUCCCUUUACUCCGCUGCACUGUGCAAUAAUAAAUGAUCAUGAGAAUUGUGCAUCAUUGCUACUUGGGGCCAUAGAUUCCAGUAUUGUCAAUUGCAGAGAUGACAAAGGCAGGACACCGCUUCAUGCGGCAGCAUUUGCUGAUCACGUGGAGUGCUUGCAGCUUCUUCUGAGACACAGUGCUGAAGUGAACGCAGCAGACAAUUCAGGGAAAACAGCACUGAUGAUGGCUGCUGAGAACGGGCAGGCGGGCGCCGUGGAUAUCUUGGUGAACAUUGCCCAGGCUGAUCUGACUGUAAAGGAUAAAGACUUGAACACAUCCUUACAUUUGGCUAGUAGCAAAGGUCAUGAAAAAUGUGCCUUGUUAAUACUUGACAAGAUACAGGACGAGAGCCUUAUUAAUGCAAAAAAUAACGCACUGCAGACACCCCUCCACGUCGCUGCGCGAAAUGGCUUGAAGGUGGUAGUUGAAGAGUUGUUGGCCAGAGGGGCCUGUGUACUCGCUGUAGAUGAAAAUGCUUCUAGGUCAAAUGGACCCCGUUCUGCACCUGGAAUAGCUGUACAAAAAGAAGAAUGAGACUCUUUAAACAUUAUGCACAUACACAUGCACACAUAUAUGUAUAUGUGUAUAUAUAUAUAUAUAUAUAUAUAUAUAUAUAUAUACAUAUAUAUAUGUCUGUAGUUCAUCAACCAGCUAUACGUGAGGACCAAAAUGCUUCAGUCUAAAAUGGAAGAAUUUAAUUGUUAUCCUUCACAAUGGAAAUGAGAACUGAAGUAGCUUUUCUAUGGAGUUCAAAUGUAAUCUUUUUGUGUAACAGUCUUUGUUGUAUUUUAUAUUUCUUAAGACACAGAUUUCUAGUUGUUGGCUUAACAUUUGUAACUGAGGAUGCGUUGACCAGGCUUAUUUUUUUUCUGUGAAACUAGAGAAAAUGUUCAUAUACUUUUGAUGUAACUGUGUUUGUAUUUAUUUGAAAUGAAACAAACGUCAAGGAACAGCCAUUGUUCUGUUUUAAUUGCUAUGUGUGUGACUUGGAAUAACAAAAAGCAGAAAAACGCUCUGGACCUUCACUGGGCUGGUGGGCAGUUAUGGGGCCAAGCCCAGCAUUUCGCCUGCUAAGGUUUCCAGCCAACCCUCAGGUUCAUACGCACCGGCUGGAGCGGGGUGCGACCCCCACUGCUCAGCCCCAGCCCGUACCAGCCUUGAGAGCCUAGGAGACACUGCCGUCCUUAAAGCUCUUCUGCGAGACGAAAACUGAGGUGGGCGGUGGAUCAUAUGCACCAAGGUGGCCCAAAGAAAGAUGCACAAACUAUUCUGAACACACUGAAAAUCUCACGUGGUCCCAAAAACGGAACGGCAAAUGAUAGCAGUGUGUGAGUCCAUGUACCAAGAGAAGAAAUUCAAAUCACCAGCUCAAGUGCUAUUUUCCACUUGAGGAAGAAACCGGAGAGAAGCGUGUUGCCUAAGGGCAGGGCUCUGACAUUUUAUAAUCAGUUCCCUUUUCACCCUGGAAAUUUCUCUUUUAUAGUGUAUGUGAGACAUUUCUAAAACAGUGUUCUGUCAUAUCUGGAUCAAAUGCACAUACUGUAUUAUAUUUUUCAUCUAACUGUAAAAGGCUUUAGUCUUACUCUUUUAAUAUCCUGGAUUCAAUUAAAAACUCAUGUUGGGUUCUUCACAAAUGAGAACUUGUUCAAAGGACUUCUAGAAUUGGUAUUAAUUCCGCUGAAAAUUUUCGACACCACCCACACUGUUUUUUAAAUUUUUGGUGUUGUAUUUCCCCCCCCCCUCUAUCCUUUUUGUUUGUUUCAGGCAAGUGAAUUUUUAAAAAGUAGAUAAAUUGCUAAUGAGCAAUAAUGACCUUAUCUUUACCAAAACACUGGAAGUAUGGGAGAUCCAGUGCUAAAAAAUAAAAGCAGGAUAUACUGUGGUGUCUUUUCUAGAAGUGAAUGGAAAUCUUGCUCCAUUGGCAUUUAAAGCAGGAAAGGAAAUACCUGCUUUUAAUGGCGAAGCAGCGUUCACUUUUUGCCUGCAGAGCAGCACAGAGACUAGAAAGGUUGCGGCAAAGCAGUGGCGGCCCCAGGACAUUGCUCUCCAUGUGGCUGCAUUUUUACUACCCCCCCCCCCCCCACCACUGAUAGAAAGAAGGUGGACAAAGGAACCAAAUGAAAUCAUGCUCACUCUGAAUUGUUCGUUGAAUUAGAUCUCCCUCCCACUCUCUCUAUUUCUCCAUUCCCCAAGACCAAUUUUUUUUUUUAGGAAAUGACUUUUAAAACUAUGAGUUCUGUGUGUUUUAAGUCCAUCUCGUAGAAAUAAAACUAGAUUUGCAGCAUAGCUUUCUAAGAAAAAAAAAAAACCAUUGUGCUUUUAACUGAGUCUUAGCUGUUUAGUGCUUUUACCUAACUGUGUUAUUUUUGGACUGUAUUUUAACCACAGCCACAGGGAUCAUGUUUCAUUGCACUUAACCUAUUCGCCAUGUCUGCCUAUCCUUGGUAAAUACAUUACUAUCCCAAAUUGCCUAAAAUCUGCUCUGAUUCUACAGUAAAAAGCUCAGGGGAUUUCUAUUUAUCACUACUAAAAGGGCACCAUAGUAUGUUUUGGUACGUUAGGCAGUAAACAGCUGCUUGAUUUUUUAUUUUAUUAUUAAAUUAGAACAAGAACAUCACAUGGAUUUGCUGCACUCAUUAUUCUUUGUACUGUUGAGCAACUUGGUUUGCUUAUCUGUUGCGUUGGUUGAAGAACUCACCCCCUUUUUUGUCUUGUAAUAUGAAGUUAGAGUGCCUUUUUAUAUUUGUAUAUCCUGAAAAUGUUCUGUGAAAUGUUUGUAUUUUUUUCGUUCUAGUGUUAUCGGAGCAAUAUAAUACCAGUGAAUUUUCAUUUCAGCCUUUCUUCGAAUGUACAAAGUGUCUUUUUUCCUAUUUCCCCUUUACCUGCUUUGAAAUGAAAAUGCCGAAGUUUUCUAUAGGAAUUAUGUUGAAUUUUGCAGUGCUAAAAUGCUUUCUUCUUACAAAACUGUAAACCAUAGGUCAAUGUUCUAGGGGAAAAGCGUUUUAAGAUAGUGACAAUCUGAGUGUGUGUAAAAAUGUAAGUUUAUGUGUUUCUUAUACAGUGAUCUAAAAAUUCAAUGCAAAUAUCUUUUGUUCGGUAGUUUUGUCUACAUAUUUUAUGCUUUAGCAUGUGCAAUAUAUCUUUGCAAAGCACGAUGAUUCAAAUCUGGUGCCAGUGUUAUAUUUUGCAUAACAUAUUUGUAAUCGCAUAAAAUACUGUUUGAUGAUUUCAGUGGGAUUUUAUCUGUAAUGUUUUCUUAUGUAAAUUGGAGUUGAAUGACUCUGGUAAAUGUCAUGACUGUAAAAAUGAGGAAAAUGACUUUUAGUUCAGUGAAUGAACCAAUCUGAAUCUUUUCAAGCACAGUUUAAUACUUUUUCAACUACUGAAUGCUAAUAAUGUAAUGAAGUACUUAACUGUAAUAUACUAUGGAAAUGCAUUCAGAUGGUUAUUUUUACAAAUAAAAACGGUACAAAUAUUGUUGCAA